AUGGAGUCAUUCGACGAUCAAGCCGAAGCCAUGUACGUCAGUAAACAACUCAGAGAAUGGCUCCUUUGCGGAGGAUUUAAACUCACCCAAUGGUCUUCCGCCUACAAAACGAUCCUCUCUUCACUACCAGAACCGCUGUUAUCAAAACCUACCCUUAAUUUGGACAUGGACGACCUCCCGACGGAGCGAACGCUUCUCACCUGGAACUGUCAAAGUGACGCAUUCGAACUCCAAGUAAAGGUUCCAACAAUAAGAACAACUGCAAGAGACUUGUUACGUUCAGCAGCCAGCGUCUUCGAUCCGUUGGGCUUCCUUGCUCCGGUGAUGUUCAUAUCAAAGCAGCUGCUACGAGAUGCCUGGGAAAGAUCAACAACAUGCGACGAAAUUCUGGAUCGCAGCAUCAUAAUCCGCUGGGAAGAAUGGAAUUAA